AGACUGAUAAGCAUGUAUACAAACCUGCUUGGUGUUGAAUAAAAAAUGAGCUGUAAUAUCUACAUCUGUCGAUAUAGUAAGUAUCAGUUAUCGGCAGUUAAAGUCAUUAUCUCGAUACAAUGGCAAGCGAACGAUGGAAGGAUGAUAUCGCGUACGCGAUGACCCCUUUCAAAUUGAUUUCUUGGCCCAUUGGCGUUUGGCCAUUGCAAGUUUAUAACUUUCAUUCGCUAUUACGCAGUAUCUUGAGCAUCUGUUUCGCGGUUUUUGUAGUAACCUUACCUUUCAUUGAGAUGUACAUGGGCUGCACUAACGCGGGACAGAAUGUGGAUUGCAUUAUGUUAAGCUGUAGCGGAACGCUUGCAGUGUUAAAGAUAUUAUGGUUUCGUAUUUAUGCAAACAAUUUAAUUAAUAAUUAUAAAUCUGCUUUAAACGAUUAUCUGACGAUUGAGGACAUAGAAGAACGUACCAUUAUGCGAAAACAUGCUUUUGCAGCAAGAAUUGUUUCAUUCCCUCUGCUGUGCUUCUCUUAUUUUUGUUGUAUAGUGUAUACGUUAACACCUUUUAUGAAUCAUGAUGAAAACAAUCAGAAUGUAACGGCUGAGGAUAUCGUUUUAGAAUAUCCAAUACCAUCAAAAUGUACUAUGAAAUACUUACAUGCUCCAAUAAACAUGUAUAAAAUAUUUGUCAUCAUCCAAGCUAUUUCGCUGCUAACAGUGACUAAUGCUAAUAUCGGUAACGAUGCAUUAUUUAUCAACAUUACAUUACAUAUCUGUGGUCAAGUGAAGAUUCUAAAAACCCAUUUCGCCAACUUAGAUGUUGCAUGCCCGCAAAUCUGCGAUGAUUUUAAUAAACUUAUACAGAGACAUAUUUACUUGAUAGGAAUGAUUAGAAAACUUGCUGAUGUUAUUAGUUUUAUUUUAUUAGUAGAGCUCUUCAUUAUUAGCGUGUGUUUAUGCAUAAUGGGAUUUCAGUUCAUCAUAGCACUGAAAAACAGAGAUACUGUUAUGAUGGGACAAAGUUUAAUGGCACAAACUGUUUUUUUGAUAACGCUGUCAGUGUAUAGUUACAUCGGAAGAUAUCUAAAGUCACAAAUGGAAGAUAUAGGCCAUUCUAUUUAUCAAAAUGCUUGGUAUGAAUUUCCUGUUAAAUUGAUGAGGAAUCUAGUGUUCAUUUUUAUGCAAACAGAAGGUCCAGCCAUGUUUCAAGCUGGGAAUUUUAUCGCGAUUAAUUUGUCAACUUUAGUAAACAUUUUGAAGACUUCUUUUUCGUAUCUUUCUGUACUUCGUAUAAUGGUCGAUACGUGAAAUAUUA